GUAAGGUGGAGCAAAAGAAGGACUGAAGUGAGUGGUGUGUCAGUGGAGCAGAUAUAAGGUGCUUGGACCGCGGGAAGCGAGUGUUCAUCUGAAUCUCAGUGCAGAGGACGCGUUCAGUCUUGGCUGUGACCAUGGAGAGCUCCAAACUCUGGACCACAGCGAUGGCAUGCGCGGUGCUGGUCUCCUGCAUUCAGGGUGCCGAGAUGGACUUUGACAACGAAUCCGACUUAGAAACAAGAGCUUUGAGGGAGUUUUACCCAAAGGACCCGAAUCUGACUAACGAAAAGCAGCUCCUCGGGGCUUUACAUGACGUUCUGGAGAAACUGCAGAGUAAACGCAUCUCACUUUGGGAAAAGAAGUUUGGGCGCGUUCCGACAUGCGAUGUCGGGGAGCAAUGCGCCAUCAGGAAAGGAUCGAGAAUCGGCAAAAUGUGCGACUGUCCACGUGGAGCGUUUUGCAAUUACUUUUUGCUGAAAUGUUUGUAAAGAUACAAACGGAUUGUGAAUUGGAAAUAAACACGAUAUUGCAGAGAUUUAUAUAUUAUGUGAUUUCUAUUUUUAUGAUUACGAAGUUCUAUGAGAAGAACAAGUGAAUUUGAAAGAUUGUUUAAUUAUUUGCUGCUCUUGAUGUGUAAUUAAACCUGAAUAAACUGGGUGGACUUUUGUUUUCUAA